GCGCUCGAGGAGAAGCGCGCGACCACAGGCUGCAGUAGGCUAGGCGCAGACUACACAACACGGCAUAGCACUUCAGUCCCGUGCAACCGGACGCCUCGUAGAUUCAUCACAGGAAUCGCUUUACUGGACACCUGAGCUGUGGACGUCUGGUUGAAACGGGAGAAUCCGCUAACUAAAACACUCCUCCUAAGCAGUCUUACCGGCAAGCUGCGGAUACUGCCUUAUGUUUGAAUGCUCACACUGAGUGUUGAUCGCAAGGCCUGGUUGCUUUGACCUGGAGGGAAAGGAUUUGCAUGUAACACACCCUGAUAUGGACAGGAACAGGAAGUGCAUCUGUGAAGGAGCGAUGAUGAUGAUGAUGCUGCUGCUGGGUCACAUGACCACUGCAUUAGAAGUGCCUCUUGACCCUAAAGUUCUGGAGGGAUUACCCCAGCCUCCCACAAUAACUCAUCAGUCCCCCAAGGAUUACAUCAUCGACCCUCGGGAAAACAUCAUUAUCCACUGUGAGGCCAAAGGAAAGCCUCAACCCAGCUUUUUAUGGACGCGUAACGGCACUCACUUCGAUGUGGAGAAAGAUUCGAAAGUGACCAUGAAGCCCAACUCGGGCACUUUGGUGAUCGAGAUCAACGGAGAGAAGGUGGAAGCGUACGAGGGCGUUUACCAGUGCAUCGCCCGCAACGUGCACGGCUCGGCUGUGUCCAAUAACAUCGUCAUCCGGCAAUCAAGGUCCCCCUUGUGGUCGAAAGAGAAAAAUGAUCCAAUCACAGUGCAGAAGGGCAUGUCUCUAGUACUGCAAUGCAGACCACCGGCUGGACUGCCUCCUCCGAUCAUCUUCUGGAUGGAUAACAAUUUCCAAAGGCUUCCCCAAAAUAGCCGCGUGUCGCAGGCUUUAAAUGGAGACCUGUACUUUUCAAACGUGAUCAUGGAUGACACCAGAAGUGACUACAUCUGCUACGCCCGCUUCCCUCACACCCAGACCAUACAACAGAAGCAGCCAAUCACAGUCCAUGUGCUGGACAUUGAAGCUAUGAAUGACACUGUGUUGGCAGCUUUUUUGAAUGGCUCAGAUUUUUGGGGUGACAGUCCAUCUGGGGAGAGAGCACCCACUUUUAUGCACCCACCGGGAACACGCAGUACCACCAUAGUCUUGAAAGGAGACACACUGGAGCUGGAAUGCAUCGCGGAUGCCCUCCCAACCCCAGAUAUCUCUUGGAGUAAAGUGAACGGAGAGCUGCCCAGAGGCCGCAUUUCAUUGCACAGUUUCCAGAAAACCUUGAAGAUAACGGAGAUGACAGAAGCAGACGCUGGAGAUUACCGGUGUUUCGCAAAGAACCGCCUGGGGAGCAACCAACACAUCAUCACUGUCAUUGUCAAAGCGGCACCCUUUUGGAUCAGCGCCCCUCAGAACCUCAUCCUGGCCCCUAAAGAAACAGGGAUGCUCACAUGCCGGGCCGAUGGCAACCCUAAGCCCAAGGUCACCUGGUUUGUCAACGGUGUGGCCAUCGAGAAUUCACCCGUGGAUCCCAGUCGGAAAAUCGAAGGUGAUGUCAUCAUCCUUAGCGAUGUGCAGACUGGCUCCAGUGCAGUUUACCAGUGUAAUGCUUCCAAUGAGUACGGAUACCUGCUGGCCAAUGCAUUCGCCAGUGUCCUGACUGAACCUCCAAGGAUCCUGACUCCUGCAAACCAUGUGUAUGCAGUCAUUACAAAUAGCAGGGCUCUGCUGGACUGUGCUGCAUUUGGAUCACCUCUUCCGAAGAUCACGUGGUUUAAAGACGGACAAAGCAUACUGGAUGGCGACUUGUACAUCAUACAUAAGAAUGGCACAUUGGAGAUUAACGUGGCUCAGCAACUAAACGGUGGCAAAUACACCUGCAUAGCCUCUAACAAUCUUGGCAACAAAGAAAAUUAUGUGCAUUUGGAAGUGAAAGAACCUACACGGAUCCUAAAGCUGCCAGAAUACAAAGUGGUCCAAAGGAACGGCAUCGCAGUGUUUGAGUGUAAGGUAAAACACGACCCUACGCUCAUCCCUUCCAUGAUAUGGCUCAAAGACGACGGAGAGCUACCGGAUGACCCACGAUUCGAGCUAGGCUCUGAUAGUUUGACUAUACACGAAGUGACGGAGGAUGACGAGGGCACAUACACCUGUAUCAGAAACACCACCCUGGACCAAGAUUCAGCAAGCGCCACGCUCACUGUAGUUGAAGCCACACCAACGCCACCUGUAAUACUGGAGCAACCAGACCCUCCUACAGACUUGGAGCUGACGGACCAACGAGAGCGUAGCGUACGGCUGACAUGGACCCCUGGAAAUGAUCAUAACAGCCUCAUUAAAUUGUUCCUCAUUCAAUAUGAAGAUUCGCUCCAUGAGCCAGGAGUUUGGGUCAAUAUGACCGAGGUCCCUGGAACCACCACCACGGCCCAUCUCGACCUGUCUCCACAUGUAUAUUACUCAUUCAGAGUACUGGCACUGAAUGAUGUGGGUCUAAGUGAACCCAGCAACCCAUCCGGACAGUACCGAACCAAUCCCGCCAAGCCUGACAUGAAUCCAUCCGAUGUUGAGGUUAUUGGCACUUCAAAGGAUAGUAUGACUGUAACUUGGAAGGAACUGACAGGAUCGGAGUCGAACGGUCCGGGUCUACAGUACAAGGUCAGCUGGAGAAAAAAAGAUGUGGAGCAGCGCUGGACGUCACUCACUCUGGCCAACGUCUCGCAGUAUGUGGUGACGGGAACGCCCACUUUCGAACCCUAUGAGGUCACGGUACAAGCGAUCAAUGACUAUGGACCAGGGCCAAGACCAGAGGUAGUGCUGGGAUACUCUGGAGAGGACUCACCUACUGUUGCACCAGAGAAUGUGCAAGUUUCGGUUCAUAAUGGGACACUGGCUGAAGUCCAUUGGGAUGCCGUUCCUCUUUCAACAGUCCGUGGUCGACUAAAGGGAUACAAGGUGAGCUACUCGAAGCGGAGAAGUCUCCAUAGGCAAGAUAUCGAGCCUGAGGAGCCACAGGUGAUCAUCUUCAGUGGAAAUGAGACAGUGGGUCGUCUGUCCGACCUCCAUCCCUACAGCGAAUACACUCUUAACAUUAAAGUCUUCAAUGGUUACGGAGACGGACCCACCAGCUCCGAUCAGCAAUUCGAAACUCCAGAAGGAGUGCCCGGACCUCCUACCGAAUUAAAAAUCAGAAAUCGGGACCUGGACUCAUUGAUAGUGGAGUGGGCACCGCCUCUGAAAGACAACGGUCAUCUCACUGGAUACCUGCUCAGAUAUCAGCCUAUCAAUGCAACAGAUGAACUUGGGCCGCUAAAAGAGCUUCCUCUGCCAGCAAAUGAGACCAGCGCAACUCUCGACAACCUCAAGUACAGCACACGCUACAAGAUCUACUUGAAUGCCAUGACGGUCAAGGGCUCGGGACCCACCGUUACUGAAGAGGCUGUUACUGUUAUGGAUGAAGCAUUAAUUCGACAUCCCGCAGUAGAGGCGGGUAAAGGCUCAACCCCCCUUCCACCUCAACCAACACCCCCUGUCACUCAAUCUUUGCAGUCUCCGUUCCACAAGGCGCCCCCUUCAGGUCGGAUGUUUGGGUUCGUGAACUCCUCGGUGGAGGAGGACCAUGCCGUGAUAAGCUGGGAAUACUUGGGGCCAGAUAGGAAUGUUUAUGUGGAAUAUGUUGUUGAUAACAGUAAAGAACCUUGGAAAACCGAAUUUGUUAAUGGCACUCGGACGUAUCAGAUUAAAGGUCUAAAGCCCGGGAUUUCCUAUAGGGUUCGUGUGGUAGCCAAAGACCAUUCGGACGCAACGGUCCACAGUACAGAAGAGAUGUUGAUUACAGUUCCAGCUAUGAGCAGCAAGCAGGUUGAUAUAGCGACACAGGGCUGGUUCAUCGGACUCAUGUGUGCCAUCGCUUUACUGAUCCUGGUGCUACUCAUCGUUUGCUUCAUUAAGAGGAACAAAGGAGGCAAAUAUCCAGUAAAAGAGAAAGAAGACGCACACCAAGACCCAGAGAUCCAACCAAUGAAAGAGGAUGAUGGGACAUUUGGUGAAUACAGUGACACGGAGGACCACAAGCCCCUGAAGGGCAGCCGGACCCCGUCCAACGGCACGGUGAAGAAGGACGACAGCGACGACAGCCUGGUGGAUUACGGCGAGGGCGGCGACGGCCAGUUCAACGAGGACGGCUCCUUCAUCGGCCAGUACAGCGGCAAGAAGGAAAAAGACACGGCGGAGGGCAACGAGAGCUCGGAGGCUCCCUCGCCGGUCAACGCCAUGAACUCUUUUGUGUAACGACCUAUAACCUUUGACCCACACCACGCCCUCAUCGUCACACCAUCGUAUGGAGAACAGGCUAUCUCUGCUGCACUGUGACCCCACGACAUCACAGCGAAAGAAUCCCAAACGACACUCCUCAUAAGAAUGUCAAACAGUUAAAGUAGCAGUGAGGGAUGUAGGAGACGAAUGCAGUAUACGGUAUAUAUGUAAGAGGACUUCUGGACCACAGGACCUUGAUCGGUCAAAAUGAAGGUCACGUGACAUUUAGAUGAAAUUGCUUGUAUAAUUUCGGCAAGUAUGCACUAGAAAGUUUCGGGACACUUAAGCUACACUUAAAAAUAUAGAAAUAUCUUUGCAUUAAAUAAAAUAUCAAAGUAUAGUUUCAUGCAAAGUAUUUCACAAAAUUUUGUUAAAGUCCCCAUGAAUAGGGUGAAUUUAUUAACCGAUAUUAACUGAGUGAAAUGGAAUACCACAUAUGGCAAAUUGUGGGCGUGGCUUGUGCUUCAUACUGUUAAUUGAUUGGAUAUAGAAAAGUGGGCAUUUCAUUGAAAAUAUGGAAUUCGCACCAGACUGAUUCGUCGCUCCUAAAUCUGCUUCCUCUAAAAACAAGUGAAUAACCGUCUUCUCACUAAAUGACGAAAGACGGAUGAUGUGAACUCCACUGCUUUACUCUCAUUGGUAGUCACUCCCGAAAGUUGCUCGUCAUUUGCAUAAAGUUGAGCUGUUCUUAACUUUGUCGCGUAGCUGGACACGCCCACUUCCUGUGCCAAAAAUCUUGGGAAGUCGGCAAGCUUUCACUACGCCAUUGCAUUAUGCACGCAGCAGUUGCAGGGGGCAGGGUUAACAAAUGCUCCGCCCACUCCGUCAAACUGACGUCAUCAGUUUAUGAGCGCACAAGAAUAAUAAAAAAUAAUGACCUGCCCGGAUAAAUUGUUGAUAAUGAACAUUGCAAAUUUCCAUAAAAAAAUAAGAAUAGUCAGUUUUUGAUUUCAUGGGGACUUUAAUGCCUAGUCCAUAUGGACACGGGUAUUUUUAUGACCGUGAUUUUUUUACGCGGUUCAGCCACACGAAAACGCAGUAUCACGGCACUGAAACAUUUUUGAAAACCCCUGCCAGGGUGAGGAUUUUAAGAAAUGGCGGUUGCAGUGUUUUCAUGUAGACAGUACAACUGGGGUUUUUGCCUUGCGAUGUCACUUUUGUUAGGCUUCUGAUUGGCCACGAUUUGAGUUAUAUCGCCACCUGCUGGUGUGGAAUGACAAUGUCUUGACAGUGCUUGAAAGCAUGUUUUUGCUUUUUCAUGAGGAUGGAGAUUUCUUUUAAACCGAGCAUGUGUAGAUGGUAUUUUUUUUGGAGGGAAAACUCUGGUUAUAAAAAAUACCCGUGUUCGUGUGGACUAGGCCUAAGUUGGUAUUUGGACAAUGGUUGCCAAAUGUUAACGUAACACUUUGACACUGAAAAAAAUUAUUCAUGCAAUUAACUCAAUUUUUAAGGUAAGUGGUUUCAAUCAAUUUAUUUAAUCUACAUUGAAACAAAAAAAUUAUAAAUAAGUAAAAAACUUUAUUUAUAUGUAGCUUAAAUAAAUUGAUUGCAACCACUUACCUUAAAAAAGUAGUAAAUUGAAUGAAUCAUUUUUUUCAGUGUAUAGUUAAUGUGAUGAACUCCAUCUGUGGUUACUUUGCUAGGACAUUUCUGUGAAAUAAAACGACUAUAAAUUUAGGUAAAACUUGGCUAAGACAAACCUCUAGCUUUGAUAUUUUGUCAUAUAAUGCAAAAGCAUUCCUACACUCAAUAAAAUGCUGUUUUUUAAACCUAGUGUUGAGUCAGAAAGAGACGAAUCCAACUCUAUGCUGGGUUGUUUUAACCCAUUGUUGGGUCAAAUGUAUACAUUUUCUUGUUUGAUUUAACCCAACACCUGAGUUUGUCCCUUUUAAACCCAGAUUUUUAAGUGUGGAUUAGAUGUCCAAAUACGCUUUGGGAACUACUGUAUAGCAAACUGUGUAUCUAUGAAUAUAUAUAAAUUGCACCAUGGACUUGCAUAGACUGGAUUAAUACACCUUCAGUGAAUGGACCUGAGCUAGCCUUGUGGAGACCGUGAACCUCGUCUGACUGUGCUCACCCGCUUCACAGCUACAGUAAUGCCUGUACUGUUGUCAGUGUUCAAAUCCGUAUUAUACACAUUAAGGGCACCAAUGUCUUUGUGACGUUUGUGACUACCUUUACAAGCUGUACUAUUUAUCAGAGUAAAUCACGGUAAAAAUGGGAAUCAGGGAUGUGGGCUAGCAUGUUUUGACACACAGAAACUCUCACACACAAAUAUUUGCUGUAUUUAUUUUUUAUUUUAUGCCCCCUUUUUUCCUUUGAAAAGGUUAUAUGUUAAGAAGACUUUAUGGCUUCAUUCACUGUUAUUCGAAAGCCCCCAGUCAACCAUGUACGUAGCAUGCACCCUCUGGUCAUCCAAGCCCUCGGUGGGCACGAACAUCUCCGAAGUCCUCUGUGGGGUCUCACAGUAUGGGAUGCAUCGAAAGCCUCAGCACGGUUCUUUAGUGCCUUGGUAGAAAUGAUCAUCAACAAAUUCCCUUCGCUUUAAUUCGACGAGGAAAUGAUGUCACCUCUUUGUAUGGGAACCCAGCCACCACCACAGAACUGCAGAUUGAUACUGUACAGACUGCUCAAAAUACUGCCACUGUUUCCAUUCAUUGGCACUUUGGAAAGCUCAUGGCCUGCGGAAAUACACAUCUUCGCACAUGUACCCAUCAUGUUCUUGCAUGUUAAGCUGUAAAUCAGGGCUUCAUGAAACACAGUGGUGCUGUCAUCGAAUAUGGCUGGAGUGUGUUGUAUGUAUGCAUUUUAUGCAGGCAAUGUGUGUGCAUGUGUGUCUGAAUAUGUGUGUGUCCACUGUAUAUACUUUAGAUUGAUUUAGCUUUGUCAUAACUUGCAUCAAGUUUUACUUUGCUUUUUAAUGUAUAGAUAUUACAUUGAUUUGGGUUUAAGAUGUGUGGACGAGCCAGGAGUUGAGAUACACCUCGCGGCCCGGUACCUACCCAAGACUAUCCCAGCAGUCUGUGCACACAAAAGCACUUGCAAAGUGACAACUAUCCCUGUUCUUAAAUCCAAAAACUGGAACUCAAUAAAGUGCGAAAAGGCCAAGUCUUUCACACACAGUGUACCGCCUGAUCUCAGAUACACUUCAGCUGUUAUUCUUUCACUGGCUCUGUUGUUUUAUUUUCUAUAUGGCCAGGCGUUUCUGCAUUUUUUGGUUCACAAACCUUUUUUGUAGGAAAAUUUAGAAGGGGAAUCAAAGAAACGGACACAUUCCCAAAGAUGAAGGGCAGAUUACGCCCAUACAUGGGUACAUGGGUGGGUGCGCAAUCUGUUGAUGUGUUCGUGUCAGAGGGGGCGACGAAGACUGAAAAGUAGUGUGUGAAAUAAUAUUCUGGUUAAUGUUAAAGUUACAUGAAAAUAAAGCAUGAAAGGCUGUGAAAUGGUUUACUCUAUAAUAUAAUCACAAAAAUAUUUUGUAUAUAAAAGAAUUAAAAAUAAAUGUUGGUUUCCGGAUUUCA